AUGAACUCACUUUUCCGACUCCCAUCGCGCCUCAGCCCCCCCUCUAGCGCCCUCGGUCGCAACGUCACCAACGCUUCUGCUCAGCGGACUUUGGUCCAAUACACCCAUCACAAAUUUGCCCAAGUUGAUGAGCAUGACCCAGACGAGAAAUGCGAGCGCACCAACAGCCCAAACCACCCAAUCCCCUCGAACAACGCCCAUCCUACCCUGAGAGAUGGAAGGCAAUCCAACCUUGCUAAUAUGGCGGGGGUGAAACACGAAGACCUCCCCGAAGAUGUGAGGAAGCAUAACGAAGAGAUGGAACACCGUUACGACCGACCCUACAACCACAUUGGCGACGGCGGCAAGAUCGAACAUGCGUUCGAGGAGAAAUAG